AUAAUUAUGCCUUAUUCUUUCCAAUAGUAAACCUUCUUAGCUUCCUCAAUUUUAAACACCUCAGACAGCUUAACCUCAGACAGUUCAAGAUUCUAAUCAAGGCAAUUAAGUUGGUACAUGACUUGACAACAUCUUUGAAUAACAACUCAGCAAGGCGCUGUUUCAUAUGAGCAGGACAAAGUUGAAUGAUUGCCUAUCACUGUUGCUUCACUUAGUCUAAAUCAUUGUUUUUUAUACUGAAUUUCUUUUCAAAGAAACGUGCAACUUUCCGCCGGGGUUUUUUUUCAUAGCAGUAAAAAUAAAUUUAUCAAAUUUCGUCGUUAAGCUAUGAUAAGAAAUUCCUUCCCCACGCACUCUCUCAAGAUAUCAAUUUCAGAAACUCAACAACAAUUAUAUGAUCACAGCUAAAAGUAUAACAUUAUACCAGACGAGGAGGCCAAAUAUUGGAUGAAUAUUGUCAAUACCAUUGCUCCCUUUUAUUUACAUGAAAUGCGAUCGCGUGCAAGCGCAAAUCUUGUUUCGAAUCACUCCUACGCCUUAAACAAACUUCCGAUAUACUCCUGCUUCGCAGUUACCGUGGAAAGCAAGAGAAAAAUAUCACUACUAAAGGUUUGCGUUUUAUACUAACUACUAAGGACUAAGGUUCAUUCGAUUCAACAACUGCAUGGCGCGCGGCAACUUAUAGUUGACAGCCCGGUACUGUCGCGUGUAAUAGGCAAAUCAGAUUAAACGACCUUUGACCUUCCGUAAAUUUGACCACAGCAUUGUUAAUCCUGGUGCAAGCAAAAAAUAAAAAAAUAGAAAUAGAAAACAAUAAUUGCAUGUAUGUUCGAGCAAAUUAAAAUAAAUCGACGAAGUACUCUUAUAUUUUGUACAAGCUAUUUUGCAUCAAAUGCGUCGAAACAACUGCCUAAAGUAGACACUUCUCUUCUCGAGGUUUCAACCUAAGGGCUAUUAUCAGUAUGAGAGUUAGUAUGAUCAUAAUCAUGCCUUUCCUGACGAAGGCCCUUGAAUUGAAACGUCAAGAAGUGUGUUUGUCUAUUUUAGGCAGUUGUUAUGAAGAGAAGACACUAUUUUGAAGACACUGCCACGCUCCUCUCGGCUCUCCGGUAUAAAUUUGUUUCAUUUUUGUAUAUAUUUUUUCAAAUUGAAGUUUAACGACCCAUAUGUACGGUAUUUGCAAAUUAAACUAAUUUGCAUUUGAUGCGUUCUGCCACAACGCAUAUGGAAUGCUACUUAUUGCUAAGAAACGUUGUGCAAUGAUUCUCUUGUAAACAUCUAUAAUCUGUUUGGCCGAUAAAUGGAAACAACUAGCAUAUAAAAAAUACUUUGUUAAACGUCAUUGACAGGCCUUUGCUCUGAGGACAUCUGAACCGACAAAACCAAAAAUGAACUUUGGAUGAUAUUUCCAUUUUUUUCUAAAGUCGUUGUCAAAUCGAUUAAGACGUUACAAUCUUUCAAAUCACUUUCAAAUAAUCCUCAUAUACUUCAACAGAUUUGCCGGCAGGCAGUCGAUCAACUGCGCAACUCCGUCGUUUGCCGGCAGGUCGGAAAAUUGAAUCGAGAAAACUUCUAGAAUCUAAUAUGACGUUGUGUGACUCGAAAAAAAAAAGAUGACGCCAAAAUAAACUUAUAACAAACAAAAUAACCGAGGUGGUGGCCAUAUAUACCCGUCGUUGCUUUCAGCCUUUCAAUCAUCACGAAAUACCGACAGGAAUAUGAAAUCGUAUAGCAACAGAAUGUUUGAUCCGUUUAUCUGAAUCCUACGAUACUUGGAAUUCAGUAACUAGGCGGCCACCCACGUUCCCACGUUUUUAUAAAUAAGCCAAAAACGUACGUCAGAAAGCAGAUUCAGUUUGUUUGAGCUAGAAUUAUCGUGAACCAACAUCCGUAUGCUGCAUUAAUCAGAGCUCAAAUCAAUUUAUCUGAGCUACAAAUAUUGCUUACUCGGGCCGUUGAUGAUUAAAUCUGUUACGCCGUAUUUUAGAGGAAACAUCGUCGGGAUUUCUCGGUGUCUAGACAUAGAUCAGUUUGAUUGAAAGAAUCCCGGAGAUCGAUUGAAUUUACACGAAAUUUGCUGACUGUAGACGUGCGAAACCGUCACUCGAAAAUAAACACGGUUAAGCCGGACACGCGAGAUCUAUAUAAAGGUGAUCGCCUGCUGAAACAAUAGACGACAUUCCAGAAAGCUGUUCGAGUACGCAUCAUGGAGAGCAAGACCAAUACCAGUAUCCUUAUGUCCAAUUCAACUCCAUAUGGUUUGGUGAAUCCUCCACCAUUUAACCUUGGACUUGUGAUUGUGCUCGGAGCGUUGAUUCCUUUAACAGUUGUGGGCAAUUUUCUCGUGUGCUUCGCCUUCGUUCGAUAUCAAAAAGUUCGGACGGCAACGAAUUGUUUUCUUGUCAGUUUAGCCGCGAGCGAUCUGGCCGUUGGCCUGCUUCUGAUACCUCUCUGGAUCGCGUUUAUCGUGACGGGGGGAUUUCAAGAGAUGCCGAAGAGUUUUCACGAUGGUUGGUACGUUUUGGAUAUUACGUGCAGCGUCGCGUCCAUGGCGAACCUUGCCGGGGUCAGCGUAGAGCGAUGGUACGGCGUGUGCUACCCUUUUCGUCACAUCAGUAUGAGUAAAAACUGCGCUAUAAUCACAUCCAUCGCCUCGUGGGUCUACGGUCUGGGAAUCGGCUCCUUAUACCUGUUCUACGAUCCUCAAAACCCCUGGGCUAUCACGGCGAUAACCUGCCUAGGAUUGUGCCUACCAAUUGUCAUAAUGACCAUAGCCUAUUGUGCCAUUGCCCGCAAAAUCAGGCGGAAAACCUUAAGAACAGCAAGACAAUCGGGCAUAGAGAGCAAAACAAUUCGCACAUUGGUUUUAUUAUCAACAAUAUUCGUCCUGUGUUGGCUACCAUUCGUCGUAGGCUCUCUGCUGGUAAAUUACUGCAAGCCAUGUAUGUUUUACGUGUUAAAAAGACCAGCAUUGCACAUUUUCCCGAAGGUUUUGCAUUAUGCAAACUCAUGUGUGAACCCUGUACUGUACUCGCUAUUCAGUCCAAGUUUCAAAUCGGCGUUUAGACAAAUUUUCAACGGCUCUCACCGAAGCUCUAACGGAACGCAACGACGAAGCAUGCUGCUUUCCGACCGCAGUGGUUCCAGCGGAAGUCAGAAAAUGAGGUCGAACGGUAGUGUAACGAUCAAAUUUAAAAACAGAGAAAAGUUGGUUUGUGGUGACAAUAGUAACAGAGACUCGUCCGAAACUGAAAAGUUUGUGUAAUCGAGAAUGCCCGGCGUUCGCUUAGAUUAAAUGGUGAAAUAGUUUAGGUACAUAGUUUAACAUAUCUACGCUUAGGACCCUGGACAAGUGAAUUAUCCUUAAUCUUUACUUAAGCUAGUUCAAGAGCACUGUAAGCUAUAUUUUGACAUCAUGAACGGAUCAUCAUGAUUCAUGAAUUGUAGUUUUUAUCGACAACUGAUCUUAACGGUCGGAAUGUCACAAUCGUAGUCAAUUUGUCUACGAAAGUCCAUGCAAACAGGCAAUUCAAUAGUAUAUGGGUGUAAUAUUGAAUGUGUGCUUUUUUGUAAUCACUGAACUAUUUUGGAUGAAGGUUACCAUGAAUCUCUUUCUUAAAAGUCUGAAUCUAUUGUAGAA